CAAUAGGGACAUCCUCUUCUUGUCAAGAUAAAGAAGCACAGUUCUCCAUCAAAGAUCAAAAAGCGAGGCUGUCACAUAGAGUAAGGCUCGAGAAGCAGUGAAAUAAUCACCAGUCAGAUGUUCAGAAAUACCAGAUAAACUCUAUCAAAUUAAAAUUCCCAGCUCCACGGAUCAUCUAUGAAUAGUCUCUCGAUACACUUGAUUGCACUUGCUGUGUGCAUAGCUCUCCUAGUGACUGCCAUACCGUCUGUAUAUACGUUGGACAAUGGAGACUCCUCUUUAGAAGCAACUGAAGAUCUGCCGAGUGUCUUCCUUGCUAUUCUGGCUAGAAAUUCAGCUCACAUGCUACCCAACUUUCUCGGUUAUCUGGAGAACUUGGACUAUCCUAAAGACAGGAUUUCAUUGUGGAUCAGAACAGACCAUAACGGUGACAACACCACGGCAAUACUUGCUGAGUGGGCAGAAAACGUUAAGCUCGUGUACAAAUCUGUGGACUUGAAGUCAUCAGACGAGUGGCUGUAUCCGAACCUUGACCCUUUCGAGGAGCAUGACGAGAGGUUCGUCCAUGUUGCCCAGUUGAGACAGGAAGGUCUGGAGGCGGCCAGGCGUUCAGGGGCAGACUACCUCUUUCGGCUAGACUGUGACAACUUUCUGGUGAACAACAGGACACUACGGAUUCUGAUGGAUCAGCAAAGGGCAAUAGUGGCUCCGAUGCUAAAGUCGGGCAAGGAUGCUGCUUACUCCAACUUCUGGUGUGGAAUAGACAGCCGGGGCUACUACAAACGUACCCCUGACUAUAUCCCUAUCCUCCAAGGGACGCAGGUGGGCUGUAUCCCAGUCCCUGUGGUUCACUCCGCCCUCCUCGUUGACCUAAGGUGGGCGGGGUCAGAGAGGCUCCAACACUGGCCGGCACUGGACGGGUUCACUGGACCCAUGGAUGAGGUUACACACUUGGCAUACUCGGCAAAAAUGGCAGAUCUGCCUAUGCACAUUCUGAACACCGAGGUGUUGGGGUUCAUGGUCAAACCAGAGGACUAUGAGAGCCUGGACCACGCUGCUCAGGACUUCCUCAACUUUAAGUUGGAGAACCUUGUGGACCACCCCCCUAUACUGUACAGUCAGUACAUCUCUAGACCACCCCCUGUCAAGAACAACUUGGGGUUGGACGCGGUGUUCAUGAUUGGGCUAGUACGGAGGCCAGAAAGAAGGAACCGGAUGAUUUUAAGCCUGGACGAGCUCAACUUCAACUACACCCUCUUUGAUGCUGUCGAUGGAAGACAGUUGAAUCAGAGCUACCUGGACAGUCUGGGCAUCAAGUACCUACCCGGCUGGAAGGACCCUUGGGGAGAACGACCUAUGACCUUUGGAGAGGUCGGCUGUUUCCUUAGUCACCACAUGAUAUGGCAGCAGAUGAUGACGGAGGGUCUGGAUCAAAUCCUGAUUCUCGAGGAUGAUGUCGUGUUUGAGCCCUACUUCCGACAUGACCUCACUAGAGUGCUGGAAGAGGCCAAUCGGAUCACACCAAACUGGGACCUCAUUUAUGUUGGACGGAAAGCCCUGCACUGGAAAGAUGAGCAGCUGGUGAACGGGAGCAAGAGACUGGUGUGGCCGCGCUAUUCCUAUUGGACGCUGGGUUACCUCCUGUCUCAGCGAGGGGCACGGAAGCUGCUGGAGGCAGAACCAUUUACCAAGAUGCUCCCUGUGGACGAAUACCUCCCCAUCAUGUUUAAUGUGCACCCUGAGUUGGAAUGGGCUGCCCACUUCACUAGUCGUAACCUGGAGACCUACUCGGCCUUCCCCCUCCUAGUACACCCCACCCACUAUGUGGGGGAUGAUGGGUGGUUCAGCGAUACAGAGCCUCCCAUUGAUGUGCUGAAUCAGAUCAGAGAACGCAAAGAAGCAGCAGAGAAGGCGGGAAAGAUUGCUGAGAAGGUAGAGACCAGCCAUCAAGCCAAGAUCAGAGAGCAAGCCACUCAGAGACAAAUAGAAGCUCUCAAAGCCAAACUGAAACCAAAAUCAGAACUUUAGUUAAAAAAACUGCUCCUCUUUUUGCUAUCACAUGUGUAAUAUACAGUAAUGGUUUUCAAAAGAAUGUUGAUGUUGGGAUGAUAA